AUGAGACAGCUCUGCCUCUCCGCAGCCCUUCUCUUCCUCCUGGUUAUCCUGGUGGACAGCACCCCAGUGAAUAUACACCAUAUCCAGGAUGAAGGUGUGGAGACAAGCCAUAGAAGGGGACCUGAGAAGCGUUCAGUAAUAGAUGUGGUUGCAAGUAUCAUCGAUGGUGUGGCUACAGGUACCAAGAUUGUCAAAAAGGGAGCCAGUAUACUAACAGGACUGGCUGAAAUAAUCAAUAAAGCAAUUAAAGGUCAGGUGAUGAUUUCCAGAAUACAAUUCGAUAACCAUACACUAGAGGAAUUGCCAAAACUCAAUAUUGAAUACUCAACACUCAGUGAGGACAAUAUAGGUGUGGAGACAAGCCAUAGAAGGGGACUUGAGAAGCGUUCAGUAAUAGAUGUGGUUACAAGUAUCAUCGAUGGUGUGGCUACAGGUACCAAGAUUGUCAAAAAGGGAGCCAGUAUACUAACAGGACUUGCUGAAAUUAUCAAUAAAGCAAUUAAAGGUCAGGUGAUGAUUUCCAGAAUACAAUUCGAUAACCAUACACUGGAGGAAUUGCCAAAACUCAGUAUUGAAUACUCAACACUCAGUGAGGACAAUACAGGUGUGGAGACAAGCCAUAGAAGGGGACUUGAGAAGCGUUCAGUAAUAGAUGUGGUUACAAGUAUCAUCGAUGGUGUGGCUACAGGUACCAAGAUCGUCAAAGAGGGAGCCAGUAUACUAACAGGAUUGGCUGAAAUUAUCAAUAAAGCAAUUAAAGGUCAGGUGAUGAUUUCUGGAAUACAAUUCGAUAACCAUACACUAGAGGAAUACCAAACACUCAAGAUUGAAUACUCAACACUCAAUGAGGAGAAUAAAGCAGAUUCUAAGCCUGCCUUCUGCCUGGAGCCUAAAUUAACAGGUCACAGCAAGGCCUCGAGGCCCAGGUACUUCUACAAUGCUGAGACUGGUCACUGUGAGCCGUUUACAUAUGGUGGCGUCGCAGGGAACAAAAACAACUUUGUAACAGAAGAGGACUGCAUGAAGACCUGCGGUCAAGAGGCAGGGUCCCUAGAACAUGCAAAAAGUGGUCCCCAGGAGCCCUGA